AUGUCCGAGUCAAACUUGAGCUCCACCACCCUCCGUCCUUUGAGUUCGUCUUGUAUGGACGAUCUUAGUUGUUUGGGUUGCGCAAAAUCCUUUGCUACCCAGAAACACUUGAGCAGUCAUGAAGCUCAAUGCCCCGCUAACAAAUCUCUAGAUACUGAUAUCUACAGAAGUCAGCGCCGCCUUGAAAAGGAGAAGCGCAGGAAUCACAAACGGAGAAGACGUCGGGAAGAAUCUCGGUCGCCGACACCCCGAGAAUGGACACCUCCUGCUCACAACUCACCUAAUCCUGAUCAGCAGACGGAUGUUGACAACGGAUGGCCGGACAUCGAUCAUGAGGUUGAAAAUAAUGUGCCGGGACCUUCUUGUGUUCAAGUUGCAGGACACGGGACAUCUGCUACUGUCUCUGCGCGCUCCGGUCUACAAAUUUGA